AUGUCGACCUCUUCGGGCGUCCCCGAGUCCUGGAUAUCCAGUUUCUGCUCUCUUCUCGGCCAUGAAUACUUUGCCGAAGUCUCGGAAGAGUUUAUCGAGGACGACUUCAACCUGACUGGUCUGCAGUCCCAGGUUGCCAUGUAUAAGGAAGCAUUGGAGAUGAUCCUGGAUGUGGAACCAGAGGACGACGAGGAAGAGGAAGAAGAGGAGGAGGAAGAGGACGAGAACGAGUCAGACCCAGAACGCUUGACUAGAGCAGCCAGUGAGCGGAGGCACCACCGCAUGGCCAGCGACUUGUCCGUCAUCGAAUCCUCUGCCGAGAUGCUGUACGGCCUCAUUCACCAACGCUUUAUCUGCUCCAGGGCUGGCAUCCAGCAGAUGAGUGAAAAGUACGAACUAGGCCAUUUUGGCUGCUGCCCCAGGACAAACUGUGACCAAGCUCGCACUCUGCCUGUCGGUCUCUCCGAUAUCCCCGGCGAGGACACGGUCAAGCUCUUCUGCCCUUCAUGUUUAGACGUUUAUGUCCCACCCAACAGCCGUUUCCAAACCGUUGACGGCGCCUUCUUUGGUCGUACUUUCGGCUCUCUCUUUCUCCUUACUUUCCCAGAAUAUGACCUUACUAAGCGCGGUAUCGAAGUGCUGUCAUCCACCAGCUCUCGUGUUAACGAAGGCGAUGGUCUCAUCAACGGCAUGUACGCAAAGAAUAUUGGCCCUGGUCUAGGCCGUGAGCGUAUAUACGAGCCUCGCAUUUAUGGUUUCCGCGUUUCUGAGAGAGCCCGCUCUGGCCCCAGGAUGCAGUGGCUGCGUGAGCGCCCCUCAGAUAUUAACGAGCUCGACGAAGCCCGUCUCUAUGCAGAACAAAACCCUGACUCGGAGGAUGACGACGAGAACAGCGGCCAAGCUGGUGUGAAUGGCAGAGUUAUGGUUCGUCGACGCCCUCCUGGAAACGCUCGCCUUCGCCAGAGGCAGAACAACAAUGGUAGCCCCAUGGCUCUGUCCACUAAUGGAGCUGAAUCCGAGUUGUAG